CUCAUAUUUGUGUAAAUAAAACUGUACCUCUCAAUGUAUGUAAAGUGAUGGUAAAUGAGAUGCCUCAAUAUAAAUCUGUCUCGCAGAAGCGGUGGGUGUUACCUUUACAUUGAACACGCCUUCUUUUCUUUUCUUUUUUUUUUUUUCAAACUCAAAUCAUUUUUCUGUCGUGUGCAUGUGUUUGUUCGCGGUAAAACACCUUUGCUCUUGAGUUAAGUUUCAGUUUCCUGAAGAAGACCACCACAGCUUGCUCCACCAGACAGAAGACAAGGGAUUCCUUUCUUUGGAGUCAUGGCAGCAAUUUCUACUACAGUUGUGAGCACCCAGCAGACCUCUGGAACCUGGACCACAGGCAUCUGCGACUGCUGUUCUGAUUUGAGCACUUGUUGCUGUGGCUUCUGGUGUUUCCCAUGUAUGCAGUGUCAGACCACGCAUCAGUUUGGCUGGUGUUUCUGCAUGCCAUUGCUGGACUGCUGCAUGGUGGUGUCCUGCUGUCUCCGCAAGAAGAUGAGAGAACAGUUUAACAUUCGUGGUUCAUGUUGUGAUGACUUUUGCACUCUCUGCUUCUGCUAUCCAUGCGCCUGGUGCCAGAUGUCCAGAGAAAUUAAGACUCGGGCACGUUCCGGCACCACCACCGCCACCGUGGUCACCCAGCAGAUCAGAUAUUAAAGAUGCGAGUUUGCUGUAAGUUUUCUUAGUUGAGGCAGGUGCUGAAAGUGAAUGUCUCCACCCAAUGUUGAUACAUUAGCAGACCAAGUUUUUUUAUAUACAUAUCAUAGGCUUCACUGCUUUUUUCAUAGUUUGUUUUGCAGAUUUUGUAACACAUUUAUUGUAUUUUUAUACCUUUUUAAUUUCAAAGUUUAUAUUCUGAAGCUAACGAAUGUUCUGUUAGAUCACUGUCAGUUAAGUUUGUGAUCGCUGAUAUUAGUUUGUAGUUUAAGAACAAAAAUAAAACACCUUUAAUCAUUCCACCACCCACACA